CGCCGCAGAAUUACUACGUCAUCAGGAGCGCGCAUGCGUCUCUAAGUCGUUUCCAGGCUACGAGAUGGCGGGGACCGGUUUUGUGGCUGGAGACGUGGUGGUGGAUGCUUUACCGUAUUUUGACCAGGGGUACGAUGCACCGGGAGUGCGGGAGGCGGCAGCUGCACUGGUGGAAGAAGAAACCAGACGAUAUCGGCCAACGAAAAAUUACCUGAGUUAUUUACCUACUCCAGACUACAGUGCAUUUGAGACCGAAAUAAUGAGGAAUGAGUUUGAACGAUUAGCUGCUCGCCAGCCACUUGAGCUUCUCAGCAUGAAGAGAUAUGAAUUACCUGCACCUUCAUCUGGCCAGAGGAAUGAUAUCACUGCAUGGCAGGAGUGUGUCAACAAUUCAAUGGCUCAGCUAGAGCAUCAGGCUGUUCGUAUAGAGAAUCUGGAAAUCAUGUCUCAGCAUGGCUGUAAUGCCUGGAGGGUCUAUAAUGAAAAUCUAGUUCAUAUGAUUGAAUCUGCACAAAAGGAUCUUCAGAAGUUAAGAAAACGUAUUCAGGACAUGAAUUGGCAGAGGAAAAACUCACAACUUACAUCUGGAGCCAAGCUGAGAGAAAUGGAGUCAACGUGGGUAUCCCUUGUAAGUAAGAACUAUGAGAUUGAACGUGCAAUUGUACAGCUGGAGAAUGAAAUCAAUCAGCUGAAGCAACGGGAUGGCGAGAACAAAGAAAAUAUUGAGAAUUAUUAAGUGUAAUAAGAUUUAACCUGUUAAAAAGAAGCACUGAAUUUCAGUCAUGAAUCUUCAUUUGUGCUACAGCAUACAUAGCAUUUUUCUAGUGAUGGCUUUGAUAGAUGUCAACUGUAGAAGCAUCUUCAAAUUUCCAUCAUUUAGUGUUGUGAUGGGUGUGUACUCUUUGUGGUUCAGCAUUGACAGAACUCAAUUGCACCAUUUGUGUGUGCUUUUUUUUUUUUUUUUUUUUUUUUUUAUAAUAUAACUUGAAUAAAAUAAUUUUUAUUUGUCUAAUUUGGCUACCAUUUUCAAGUUUAUAAAAAUUUCUCCAGUCAGGAAAAGACUAGACUAUUUUUUUUUAUUUUUUAUGUUUUUAUGUUUUUUUUAGCUUUUUGACGAACAGAAAAUUUGUGAGCAAUGGCAAUGCGAAUGCAGUGGUCAGAAAUGUAUCAUUGUGACUUUCAGUGGGAAAAGUUGCAAUCGCCCCCAGCUGGUUUAAGGACCUUUCCUGCUCAGCCAAUCAGUGGCCGUAGUGGUGUCAUGUGUUAGACCAGUGAUUGGCUGAGCCUGUUAGGUCCUAUAUGCUGCUUGUCUGUGAAGAGACAUCUGACCAUAUGGAGGAGAGAUGACAUGUUGGGGGUGUAGACAUGAAAUAGAGUAGAUGUUUUAAUGGGGGAUAUGUUAAAUAGGGGUGUGGAAGUAAAUUGGGGGGGGGGAAUAUAAAAUGGACAGUGAGCAUGAAAUGGGGAAGACUAGACAUGAAAUUGAGGAAUUUCACCAUUUGUUUACCACAAUUGCAUAUUGAAAUCGUAACAUUUACACCCGUAUUCGCAAUCCAAACACAUCUAGAACAUUUAUGGCAUAGCCACAAGAUAUGCCAUAAAUGUACUCAAGAUAUGGGACCCACACCUAUCCUUGGAUCGAGAGCUCCCCAGGCUCCACUGGUUUACAGCUGUCAGGGGUUACACUCUGUCUGAUAGAUGCUGGUAUAGAUUUUUUCUAUAAUUCACGCCAGAUUUGGUGUAAAUUCCCCCCCAUACAAAGUGCUGGCUACUUUUUUGUAAAAUGCUUCUAAUGUAAGCCAUAAAAUUUCUUCUAAUUUAAGCCAGAAAACUGUCCUUUGUGGUUUAAUACCAGUUUUAUAUGUAUUGUAGAUAUAUUCAUGUUUGCAGAGACCAACAGCAAAGAAAUGGAAGUAACAUUUGUUUGCUUUAACCCCUUAACGACGGACGUAAAUGUACGUCCUGGUGAUGCGGUACUUAACGCACCAGGACGUAAAUUUACGUCCUCAGCAUAACCGCGGGCAUCGGAGCGAUGCCCGCAUAAUGCGCGGCAGGUCCCGGCUGUUGAUCGCAGCCAGGGACCCGCCGGUAAUGGCGGACACCCGCGAUCCUGCGGAUGUCUGCCAUUAACCCCUCAGAUGCCGUGAUCAAUACCGAUCACGGCAUCUGCAGCAUCGCGGGCACAUAAUUGGAUGAUCGGAUGGCCCGCAGCGCUGCCGCGGCGAUCCGAUCGUCCAGCAUGGCAGCUGGAGGUCCCCUCCUUGCUCCGCUGCCUUCCGGGAGUCUUCUGCUCUGAUCUGCCUUCCCGCAGACCAGAGCAGAAGAUGACCGAUAACCCUGAUGAGUGCUAUGUCCUAUACAUAGCACUGAACAGGAUUAGCAAUCGAGUGAUUGCUUUAAAUAGUCCCCUAUGGGGACUAUUAAAGUGUAAAAAUAAAAGAAUAAAGUGUAAAAAUAAAAAAUAAAGUAAAAAAAAAUGUGAAAAACCCCCUCCCCCAAUAAAAACGUAAAUUGACCCAUUUUCCCUAUUUCACCCCCAAAAAGUGUUAAAAAUAUUUUAUAUACAUAUUUGGUAUCGCCGCAUGCGUAAAUAUCUGAACUAUUAAAAUAAAAUGUUAAUGAUACCGUACGGUGAACGGCGUGAACGUAAAAAAGUCCAAAAUAGCUGCUUUUUUUAUAACAUUUUAUUCCCAAAAAUUUUUUAUAAAAAAUGUAUUACGUUUUAUAUAAGCAAAUAUGGUAUCAAUAAAAAGUACUGAUCACGGCGCAAAAAAUUUGCCCUCAUACCGCCGCUUAUACGGAAAAAUGAAAAAGUUAUAGGUCUUCAAAAUAGGGGGAUCUUAAACGUACUAAUUUGGUUAAAAAGUUUGUGUAUGUUAUCACGGGUAUCAUUUUAAUCGUAUUGACCUAAAGAAUAAAGAAUACACGUUACUUUUACCAUAAAUUGUACGGCGUGAAAACGAAACCUUCCAAAAUUAGCAAAAUUGCAGUUUUCUUUUUAAUUUCCCCACACAAAUAGUAUUUUUUGGUUGCGUCAUACAUUUUAUGGUAAAGUGAGUGAUGGCAUUACAACGGACAACUGGUCGCGCAAAAAAAAGCCCUCAGACUAGUCUGUGGAUGAAAAUAUAAGAGUUAUGAUUUUUUGAAGGCGAGGAGGAAAAAAUGAAAACGUAAAAAUUUAAUUUUCUGCGUCCUUAAGGCCCAAAUGGGCUGUGUCCUUAAGGGGAUAAUAUGUAUAUAUUUUAGAACUAAAAAUUACUGUAUAAAAAAUGGGAUCUAAGUAACAAAAUAGAAUGUGCUCUCGAACUGAAUUUUAGUCUAUGGAUUGUAUUACAAAUAUAUAUACAUAAAGUUAAAACAAAACGGUUAAUUCCUACUAAUCUGAGGAACAUUAAACAUUGAAACUGA